AUGAAUCUUCUUCGAGAAGGUCUGCAGCCAGGAGGCAUUCGCGCACGUGUGGGAGGCGCCUGUUCUCAUGAUGGUUCGAGAAACCCCAGGUGUGUUACAGAACUCAACACGCGCCGUCACGUCGUCAGAAACGCCGCGUAUUAUGAUGCAACAUUUCGUCGAGACCCUUCUAAAAAGUUCCUGUCAACUUGGAGGUUCUCUGAUGUUCGCUGCUUUACGAGAUAUGAGAAAAUAUUAUUCACCCAAUCGAGCCAACGGGUGACUGUUGCAAGGGACCGUGCUGGCCGAAGCCUACUUUACCCAAACCAGCAGGUGUACUUGUCUCAGAGAUUGUCAGAUUCAAGUGGAUCACCGAAGAUACUCGUACAAGCAAGCAGUUAUGGAAACGGUACUGGUCAAGUUUGCAUUUACCACGUUAGUGCUGUAGAAUAUAUAUACUGGGGUCUUUCAGUCUUUCAAUUAAGGAACGUUGCGUACUGUGAUGCUUCAAAAACAGCUUUUCCAACCAUACAUUAUUUUCCACUCAAUCAGGAUCGCUCCCCUUCGAAAAUGACCGGGGGGCUAGACUGUGAGGGCGAAUCCUCCACCUCGACGUGUGAAGCUGUACCUUCACCCUCCAAGCCAAUCGCUACUGAAGGAGAGAGACAUCCUAGCAGCCUUCUGACGCCACUUCUGACGGUUAUCAAAAGGGAACACGAAGCCUACAGCGCUGGGGAAAUCACUCCUGUGUUGCCGCUCGAGCCCUACCCUCCUCCGCCAGCGCAAGAGACAGGACCUUGCUCGACCUUGCGGUCAAGGUCAAAACAAAAGAAGGUCCAUGGGAAGGUGAUCAAGCAAGAGGAAUCCUACAGCAGGUCUCCUUCGCCUGAACGAUAUGGCUCAGGCUUGGACCGGGUCCUCCCUCUCCCCGUAGAAGCGCAGCUGCACUCAGGCAGCAGCUCGCCAAGCGUCAAGCACAAGUACGACAACGUGUCUUCCGACGAAGACGACUCCUACUGGUCGCCGAACCACCACCGGAGAAAAGCCAGGAAGAAUGGAAACAAGAUCGAAAUGGGUUCCUCGAUGGACAGACACGCCAUUGCCAAUAAGAGGGAACGAGAAAUUCACCAGCAUUUUUAUAACAUGAAAAUAGAUCCAUCUGAUGUAUUAUUCCCCUGUUAUGCAGACACCAGACUUCAACAACUGCGUCAGGAAGGAGCUAUGAGGAUGAGAGUCUUGGAGGCCGAGCUGUCACUCCGGCAGCAGCAGCAACACAUGGAGCAACAGGAGCACAACCUCAAGAUGGAGAUACUGAGGGAAAAACUCAAGAGGUUGAGAGAAGGGAAACCGUUCGCCGAUUAAUAUCAAUUUUCCCAAAUUAUGUUUUGGAGAAUUUCCACUCUUUUCGUUAUGUGGAAAACUGGACCAGUGAAAGUUUAUAGAAAUUGUGUUGUGAAAAUAGAGAAUUUCCAUUCUUCUCUCUAUGUGGAAAACUGGACAAGUGAAAGUUUUAAAAAAUUGUGUUAUUAAAAUAGAAAAUUUCCAUACUUUUCUUUAUGCAGAAAACUGGAUCAGUGAAAGUUUUUUAAAAAAAAUUGCAUUAUUAAAAUGGAGAAUUUCCAUUCUUUUCUCUAUGUAGAAAACUUGACAAGUGAAAGUUUAUAGAAAUUGUGUUGUUAAAAUGGAGAAUUUCCAUUCUUUUCUCUAUGUGAAAAACUGGAUAAGUAAAAGUUUACAGAAGUCAUGGUAUUAAAUACUGAAAGUGGUAUUCUAGUUUGGUCAGUGCCAAGUCUGGUUGGUAUCCCCUGCCUCCUUUUAAAAGUCAAGGGUUGUAUCUCUCCUCUUUUAAAAGAUAAUAGGUGGUAUCACCCGUCAUAUUUUGAACAUCAGGAGGAACAUAUCACAACUUGUCUUAAAAAAAAGAGUAAUUGUGGUAUCCAUUCCUUUCUCUGAAAGGUAUGGGUGAUAUCCCCAAAUUUCUCUUGAAAGUAUUAAGGGUGGCAUCCUACCUUUAAAAAAGUAGAGGUGAUAUCCCGUGUCUUCUUUUAAAAGAUAGGGGUGGUACCCCGUGUCUUUUAAAAGAAUGGGUUGGUAUCCCAUGUCUUCUCUUCAAAGAUUAGUGUGGUACCCCAUGUCUUAAAACAUUGGGGUGGUAUCCUAUGUCUUCUCUUAAAAGAUUAGGGUGGUAUCCCUGGCCUUUUAAAAGAAUUGGGUGGUAUCUCUCACCUUCUCAUGGAAGAAUUAAGUGUGAUAUCCUUCACCUUCUCACAGAAGGAUUUGGUAGUAUCACUCACCUUUUAAAAGAGUAUAGGAAGUAUCACCUUUUAGAAGGCUAAAGGGUUGUACCCCUCACUUCCUUUUACAAAGAUUGGAGAUUGUAUCCCUCCCUUUCUUUUAGAAGGAUUGGUGGUGGUAUUCCUGACCUUUUAAAAGAGUAAGGAUGGAAUAUCUCGCCUGCUUUAGGAGAAUAUGAAUUCUUAUAAAAUUACAGUGCUACAGAAAUACUCAUUUAUUUAUGUGUACUCAAAUUGCCAGUUAACUUAAGUUUUGUAGUCUUAUAGCAAGAAUAGAAAAGUAAUUCAAGUAUUUUUGUUUAUGGUAAACAUUUGACAGAGAACUGAAAAAUUUAAAGUACUUUUGUAGAGAUUGUAAAAUGGAUUUUUAUAAAUAACUUUAUAAUAAGACAAUCAAAAGAAUGCAUUCCAUGAAUCAAUUACAUUAUUUUGAGUAGAAAACAAUAACCAAAUGAAUAUGGUACUAGAGAAAGCGUGAAAUUCAUGUAAUAAUGAAAUGGGCCAUACCCUGUGUUACCAAAGAUGCCUAAUAUAUUCAGACUGCAUAAGUGCCAUUGUGAUGAUAUGUUUCAAAAACUGGUAACUCUUUACCUAGAUGAAUUUAUCAGAAAUUUCGAUUUUUCUCUUGAACUUGAAACAGACGCAUAUUAUUUUCAGAAAGAUGACUGCCAGCCAAAUUAAUAUUCUCAUGGGAAUAUCUUGCGUCUGUGUCAGUUUUUGGGGUGACAUUGACCUAUUUUCAUGAUCUGCAGACUAUGAUCUUUUAGAAUAGUAAAGUACAGUUCCUAUUUGGUUAUAUAGUCUUAGAAGAAUUAUGAAUAUUUGACGUAUUAUAAUCUGGCUGCUUCUCUGUUAUGAACUGAACAUUAUGUGGCUUCAAUGUAAUUUUGUGACUUAUGUAACUUGUUAUCUUUUUGUGUAUGUUAAAUUUUUAGAUAACUUUUGGAUGUGUCACUAUUUAUGUGCCAAGACGUUGAACGUGUAUUGUGACAAACAUUGAAUUUUAUACAGAUACUUCAAGAAUACUCUGAAUGUGCUCUUACAUGCAGUACCUUUAUCCUGUUCUAUUGUGACGAACAAAGAAAUAAAAGAUGCAAUGUACAAUUAAAUCUUCAACUGUAAAUAACCAUUGAUGAAAGUAUCGUCACUACAGUUGUUCCCUCUUUUAUUAUAAUAUUUUCCUGGAAACAUAUAAUAGUUAAUCAGUGGAUCAUAAUGCCAAUUUACCCCUUUUUCUUAUUACUUUAGUCUAAAAUGAAAAAAACAUUAUAAUUAAUUCUAGUAGCAUUACCUUAGCUGUACCCUCGUUUGAAUGGCAUCUACCCUCAGCUGUACCCUCGUUUGAAUGGCAUCUACCCUCAGCUGUACCCUCGUUUGAAUGGCAUCUAACCUCAGCUGUACCCUUGUUUGAAUAGCAUCUACCCUCGCUAUACCCUCGUUUGAAUGGCAUCUACCCUCAGCUGUACCCUGCUUUGAAUGGCAUCUACCAUACGUCUUGAAAUAUACUUAUAAUUAAGAUGUCUAUCAGAGGUUUUCCAGUGAAUAUUUAUUAGUUUAUCAUUACUUUGAAUGCAACCUCAUUUAAUAUGAGCGUUAAUUGAAUUAAUAAGACCAGAUUCUCGGUGUAAUCCUUAGUACGGAUGUUUCUUUUCUGACAAUUAUGUAACAAAUCUGAAAUGAUCUGUAUUUAUGACCUUCACAUUGUAAUCAAACUGCUUCAUAUGACAUGAUUGUAAGAAGGUUUACUUUGGUAUGUUGUUGAUUAACAUAAUAAGUUUUCAAACAUCAAUAUCUUUGAAACCAACCAUAGGAUUUUAAUCUAGUUUUCACCAUUUUAAUGGAAAUUUAUCUGUGUACCAUAUGUUAUACUUAAGCUAUACAUGUAGGGUAAAGUUAAUCAUCCUGUAGUAUGAAUGAAGAGCCCAGUAUGACUUAACCUUAGUGUUAUUGCGUGGUUUUACUGCUAUUUUGAAGGGGUAGUAUGAACUUACACGUUGAACUGUAACUUGUUUGGAAUGUUCCGGCAUACUUAAACUUCAGCGUGAUUGUGAGAACAUCUGUGUGUAUAUGUUAUGAGACUUGUGUCCUUAGUCAUUUGGCCUAAAGUUGUACCUAAAAUCUAAGUUACAAGAUGCAGUCACUGUUGUACCUUGAGUUAUCUUGAGAUAUACACUAAAAGUAUCAGUUCAUCUUUUAAUAUAGUAUAUACUGUAUCUUGUGGUGCAGUAUUCACAGGUGAAUUCAGAGUACUGUAAAUAGUACUUGUGUUUUUCAACAAGGAUGAAAAACCUUUAUGGUCAGGGUAACGAAACUGCUUUGUAUUAUUGAUUCACAGUCCAUUUGGACAAGUUAAGAAUGGCACCUCCGUCAUCAGGUCACAAUUUGUACAUAAAUGAAAUAGUAUUCUGGUAAUGUUCAUACGAUUUAUUACCAUUUCAAUUUUCCUUCACCGGUGUUGUCUUCAGUUUCUUGUCUGUCGUCAACGGCCUUCGUUUUGAAGACUGUUUAGAGAUGCAGUUAUGGCUGU